AUGUCAGAUCCACCACCGCCAUACGAAGAAAUCACGACUGGACAGAACAAUAGCGGGAGUUCUAAUCGAGGACAGCGUGUUCAUGUUGCAACAGCUGGACCAGUAGUGCCUGAGGCCCGGUUGAUGCCCCUUGACUUCAAUAUAUACAGCGGAAGUGCCACCGGCGACGUCUACUACAUGGGGCCGCACCAGAAGGACCGCCAGUUUGCUCUCACCCUCCGCCCGAACAGUCUGGCGGCUGCCCCUAACCCUUCAAUCAUCCUACAUGACGGAUUGAACACGAGGGAUCCGGCCAUAGGCACCUCGAGAAACGCCUGGGUCUCUGGCAGCGACCGACGCUUUGACGAAUUCAUCAUCACCGUCUCACCCCUGGGCGGGUCUCAGCCAGCUGAAGAAAGAUUGGUGACAGUGGACGAAGGUACAUAUUGGCACCCUCUGAUCAGGCUGCGGUAUUCCCUUUCAGCCGCGCAAGCCAUGGCGGCUGCCCAUGGUGCCGAUGAUACCUCACGGCAACAGUUUGAGUGGCAACAGAGCAGCUCGCGGGAGGUGCAGAGCCUCGGCGGCAAAGACUCUGGCUGGAGGCUUGUUAAUCUCUCCAAUGUGGACGAGACACUGGCAAUCUGUGUACCCAACGGCCACAGUUUUACAAAAUUCCUGCGCUUCUCCUUCAGAGGCAAGGGAAGGACGGGGAGCCACUAUAGUCCCACGUGGGAGGCGAUGGCUAUUCUUACUGGCCUUACCACCUGGGAGCGAAUGAAGGAGCUCAAUGACUAA